UAGCACUUGCCUGGCAGAUCACUCAUUUUGGGGAAUUGUGGGUAUGAUGUGGCAGGCGUCAAUCUCCCUAGGAACUGUGGGAGAAGUUACAAAGAAGUCAUCUGGAAUUGAGAGCCGCCUCGUCCAAGGAGCUUCAAACCAGACCUUUGCUGCAAGGUUGCCUUGGGAAGUUUGGAAAUAUUGCUGUAUCUCCAAGGGCAGUGAUCUAAUCCUUUGACACAGGACGCAGGGCUCAUGAAGCCAGAAAACAUCAGGUCUGAGCAAAAGAGAGGAGAAAAACAAAGCGAAACAACUCUCAACAACAACACACAGAGCUCUGUCUAUUGAAAGAGGACUUGGCAGAGAUCGGUGGUGGCGGAACCACUCCAAGCGGCACGAAGGGACGUGCCCCGGGUGGACAAAUCAUGCUAAUUGUGUGCGAGAAGGAUCUAAAACUAAACCCAAAAUGAAGAGAGAAAGGGAAGUCUUGUCCAGAGUUCUCAGCAUCCCGGGUUUUGUGCACGUCGCUUGCCUUCUUAUACUCUACUAUACAGAGAUGCUUGAAGGAGUCAAUAUCACCAGCCCAGUGCUGCUAAUUCAUGGGACAGUUGGCAAGCCUGCCCUGUUGUCCGUCAGAUACACCAGCACCAGCAGAGAUAAGCCUGUGAUCAAAUGGCAGGUGAAACGUGACAAGGCCGUGACUGUGGUGCAGUCCAUCGGCACUGGGAUCAUUGGUAACCUCCGUCCAGAGUACAAAGAUCGGAUUAAAGUCUUUGAGAAUGGCUCCCUGUUGAUUCAUGAGCUGCAGUUGUCUGAUGAGGGGACGUAUGAAGUGGAGAUCUCCAUCACCGAUGACACUUUUACAGGGGAGAUGAACAUUAACCUUACAGUGGAUGUUCCAGUGUCCAGGCCUCACGUUGCCCUGGCGUCUUCUACUGUUCUGGAACUCAGUGAAUAUUUCACUCUGAACUGCACCCAUGAGAACGGCACCAAGCCCACCUACACCUGGCUGAAGGAUAACAAGCCCCUGAGCAAUGACUCCCGACUGAUCCUUUCGCAUGACCAGAAGGUACUGACUUUCACCAGAGUCCUCAUGGCUGACGAUGACACGUACAGUUGUCUGGUGGAGAAUCCCAUAAGUUAUGGGCGCAGCACCCCUGUAAAACUGACAGUAUACAGAAGGAGUUCCCUCUACAUAAUCCUCUCUACUGGAGGCAUUUUCCUUCUAGUUACAUUAGUGACUGUCUGUGCCUGUUGGAAGCCAUCAAAGAAGAACAAGCGGAAAAUGGAGAAGCAAAGCUCCUUGGAAUAUGUGGAUCAGAACGAAGAACAUUUAAAACAUGACGUUGACAUUGUUCCUCGAAGUGGAGAACACGAGCGCAAAAAUCCAGUGGCUUUGUACAUCCUGAAAGACAAAGACUCUCCAGAAGGUGACGAGGAACCCCGUCCUGAUUCCCCAAAGGCAGCCGAACCCUCUCCUCCCAGCUACUCAAGCUCUCCGCCUCCUCCUGGGAGGUCGCCCGGACUGCCCGUUCGGUCUGUGCGUAGAUACCACCGCUCCCCAGUCCGGUCUCCAGCCAGCUCCAGAACACACAUAUCCCCCACUCGGUCCCCCAACUCACCGGGACGCACCCCAAACACCACGCGUAUGGUGCGGACUGCUGGGGUUCAUAUCGUCCGGGAACAGCAAGGGGAGGGAAGCACAGUGGAAAUCAAUGCAUGAAGGCUGUCUGCAGUCUUUGUACUACUGUGUACAUUUGUGUAUAUAGCAAGGAAGCCUUGCCGUGCCUGUGAAUGUUUCUGGGGGUAGCUUUGGGUUGGCCCUGGGCAUUUUUGCACAUGCAAAUGCAUGUUAUAGGGGAGACUCCUGGGCUCCGCUUGUAGAUAAAGGUGGGCAUCACACAGCAUUCUAUUGGCUGGUUGGACCCGCUUUGCAAGGUUUACUAUAGAUUCAAUGCUCCUACUUCUGUACAUUGUUAAAGGCACUAACCUGCAAUUGUUGUAACAUCCAAGAAGUAGCACACAGGUGUUACUAAAACCUUUCCUUCUGAGAGUGAGGCCCCACUAAUUCCUAUCAAGCCCAGUAUUUUCUGUCCAUCAUGAGUGAGAGAAUGCACCCAGUGGGAAUUCAUCUGUCCCAAAGCUUACAGUGGUCUUCAAGAUUGUCUUCAACAUCAAUAUCUCUUUGAAGAUUUUAAAGGCUGAUUUUAAAGGCUUAUCCACUGGCAUAUCCAGAUUUAUUAAAAAGCCCAUAAAAUCCCAAAUUUUGUUCUGAUACUUUUUGAUUUUAUUUUGGAGAUUAUCAUAGAACAUUUUCUUUAAGCUCAUAAUACAACCAGAUAGUUUUAAAAUCAGCCCACCUGGUCAGUUUGUUUUAACCCAGUAUGACAUUUUUUUUUAAAAAAAGUUAAAAAUAAGUCAAAGGCACUGUGGAGCUUUUUGUCUUUUGCUCUUUAAUGGUAAGGAAAAUGCGGGAAAGUUACAUAUGGAAGAUACCACUUGUUUGGACCCCUGAUAAAAUUCAGUGAAAUGGGCAAGACAAUUGCACAAUAAAUCCAUUAUUUGGAACCUUUGUUUCUCAGUGGCCAGUUACACAACAGUAUCCAGUCUUCUGUUACAGGAAAACAACACUGUAAAAAGUCACAGGGCAACUUAAAGACUAAUAGAUCUGUUUUGGAACAUGUUUUUAUGAAUUUUGAACCUUCUUUGUCAAAUGUAGCCCUUUUUGUCUCUCCUAGCUUCUUGCACAGAUGCUUAAGUAGGAUUCUCAAUUUAAUUUCUCCAUAGCUUGAAAUAACUGCUUUUUUGGUCUACAACUCCAUGCUGGCUGGAGGAUUUUAGCAGCUGUUGUCCAAACCAAUUGUUUUUCCAGCUCUAAAUGUAUUUAGACAAACAUAUACUCUGGCCUAUUUGCAAAGUCAGUGUUGGUGACAGUAGGUGGCAAUGUUGUACAAAGUGAUGCUCAAUGUUAUUCAGCCUCUUAAGAGGCAUCUGCCUUGUAGAAUUAAUACAGUAUGAUACAACUAUAACUUCCAGGGUUCCAUGAAAUGGAAUCCUGGGAGUUGUAGUUUGGUGAAGCAUCAGCAGUCUUUUGGAGAGAAGGUUAAAGGCCUUGUAAAACUAGAACUCCCAUGAGCUACAGAUCCCAGGGAUUCAUAGAAGACAAUAAAUAUCAGAGUUUUUAUGUUUUGAUUUUAGUUGGCAUCAAUAAUAAUAAUAAUAAUAAUAAUAAUAAUUAAAAAAAACACUUUAUUUGUAUUCUGCCCUCUCCCCCCGAGGGUGGAAUACAAAUAAAUGGCAAACAGUCAAUGCCAGAUACAUUCAAAAAUACAAAGUACAGUAACAAACCACUCAAAAAAGAAGCAACAUCUAUAACAAAAUUAUUAUAAAAAUUAAAUAAUGACAUAGCCUACCAAUUAACUUUCAUCGUACAUAAAGACAUUAGGCAUACAUUAUAUAAAACCACACUUAAAGCUCCUUCAAAUAAUUAUUAAAAUAUUAUGUGAAUAUUAUGCGCAUAAUAUUUUAACAAUUAUCAGAUGCAAGGAUGUGUUGUGUGUCAUCUCCCAAACAGUAAACACCAUUAUAUAUCAUAUGGACGAAAACUAAUUAGCAUUGCAUGUCAGCCAUCCAGUACAGCCAAAUACGAAAUACCGAGGCAUACUAUCCAACAAAUAUUGACCACUAGAGCAAAUAAACUGUUGAUAAAUUA